AUGAUUUUCAAGCCCUUUAUUUUCCUGUGUUUUCUGUCUGGCGUGGUUCUUAUAGCUGCGGUUGUGGCUGUUGAAUCAUCUAAAGAUGGGGUUAAAGCUGUUGAAACAAAUGUAAUUCCAGAAUGUGAAGAAAAGCGGCCAUAUUUUGUAAAGGGUAUCGACAACUGUCAAGGGAAGAAAGGUGGUGGAUAUGGCGGCGGAUCCGGUGGUAGUGGAGGAGGGGGAGGAAUAGGCGGCGGUGGUGGCCAAGGAGGAGGAGGAGGAAGCGGUGGAGGCGGUGAAGGUGGCAGUGGUGGAGGUGGCCAAGGAGGAGGCGGUGGAGGUAGCCAAGGAGGAGGCGGUAGCGGAGGAGGUUAUGGCGGAGGUGGAGGUAGCCAAGGAGGAGGCGGUAGCCAAGGAGGAGGCAGUAGCGGCGGAGGAUAUGGUGGUGGUAGCCAAGGAGGUGGAGGCAGCCAAGGAGGUGGCAGUAGCGGCGGAGGAUAUGGUGGUGGUGGAAGUGGUGGAGGUGGCAAAGGAGGAGGUGGUAGCCAAGGAGGUGGUGGUAGCCAAGGAGGUGGCAGUAGCGGCGGAGGAUAUGGUGGUGGUGGUGGAAGUGGUGGAGGUGGUAAAGGAGGUGGUGGUAGCCAAGGAGGAGGUGGAAGUGGAGGUAAAGGGGGGAAAGGAGGGAAAGGAGGAUAUGGUGGUGGUGGCCACGGAGAAGGUGGCAAAGGCCACGGAGGUGGUGGUGGUGGUUAUGGUGGUGGAGGUGGAGGUAGCAAAGGAGGAGGUGGUAAGGGAGGAAGCGGUGGAGGGGGCCAAGGAGGUGGUGGAGGUAGCCAAGGAGGUGGAAGUAGCGGCGGAGGUUAUGGUGGUGGCGGAAGUGGUGGAGGUGGAGGCAGCCAAGGAGGUGAAGGUAGCCAAGGAGGAGGCGGUAGCAGCGGAGGAUAUGGUGGUGGUGGAAGUGGAGGAGGAGGUGGUGGAGGAGGAUAUUGA